AUGGCAUCUGCCACAGUCCAAGUUUCCAGUGGCCAUGGCUCUAUCCUGGCCCAGAAGCCGACUGUCCCUGUUUUCGAAAAGCCGCACCAUGUUCAGACAACUCUGAAUUUCUUCAAAGAUAAAUCUUUCAACAAGCCGUCCAUCUCUCUCCCCGUCACUAUUCACGACAUCAGCGGACACAAGCUCGACUAUUCCCUUGACCGCAAUGGAUUCCAGUUUUAUUAUUAUGAAAGUACGGAGACGGACUUUCUGGAUAAUGAGAAGAUUGAACGCGAGUAUUACCCGGAGACAGAGAAGCUGCUCAAACAUGCUCCUAAUAUUCGAUCACACCAUCCGCCGCGCACCUCGAGACACACCCAGAAACGGAGCCGACCAGCUUCGCGUUCCGUUCAACACGUCCACAUCGAUCAAUCAUACAAAGCUUCAGAGAACCGAGUCUCCCACCACCUCCCAGACGAAGCACUGGAGCUUCUGAGAGGUCGAUUCCAGAUCAUCAAUGUCUCGCGCCCGAUUUGUACCAUCCUCAAAGAUCCUUUGACCGCGGCUGAUCCCCAUACCGUGCCGGACAGCGAUCUCGUCCCAGUGGGUCUCAUCUAUCCUGACCGGGAGGGAGAGACCUAUUCCGUGAAGCCGGAUCCUGAAAUUAAGUGGUAUUAUCGCUACGGGCCGAUGCCGGACUUGGUGACUUUGAUUAAAUGUUUUGAUUCAAAGACGGUUGGUAGGGCGAGACGUGUGCCUCAUUCGGCGUUUGUGAAUACUGAGACUGAGCGUGAGGAUGGGAGGGAGAGUAUUGAGGUGCGGGCUUUGGUUUUUCAUCCCGGUGAUCGGGAGUAA